UAUUGAUAAUGCUCAUGGUAUUGCAGAUAUUAAUUGUGUACAAUGGUCUCCUAGUGAAAGAUUUGGUAAUUUGUUGGCUUCUGCUGGUGAUGAUGGAGUUAUUAAAAUCUGGAAAUUUAUUGAAGAAUGA